GGUGGGGGUACUCACAUACCAGAAUUGACCACUCAGGAUCCAUUCUGCACAUACCAGUUGUCCCAAUUUGCAAAUGGUCAUUGAACCCAGUGCAGCAGACCCACCUGUAGAUGUGACUCGAAGUGCAGAAACUUGGGGUUGGGAUGGGUCCAAGAGGUCUUGUCUAGUAUCCAGGAUGGGAACCUUUUCUCUAGCAUAUCUGACGGAUAGUUAUCUCGGUUCUUGCAUACCUACAGUGAUGGGGCAUGCAUUGCCUUCUAUGUCAGUUAUAUUUGGGAGUCUCCACCCUCCUCCAGCUCCAAACCCCAUCUCUGCUCCCAAAGGACGCCAGGGUUCCCUAGACUCACUCCUAAAGGGUGAGGAUGGGACUUGCCUAGUAGCCUUUCUGCGACACCCACGCUUGGAUUCAAACCAAAUCAAAUACCAGUUCAAUUCUGAUAAUAUUCUAAUGCCCACACUUUAUUGUAGCUCAACAGUUCAAACUGCUUGGGGCUCUGGUUUGGGUAUAGAAGUUAUUUGUAUUAAAAGAAAAUAAUUCACGCGCGCAUUUGUGAGUCAGGAAAAAAUCUUUAAGGGUGUUGAUUCUAGGUUCAACAACGCAGCACAGUUCAUUCUAGCUUGGUUCACCGUUCAUUUCAAAUCCCCCACAACCACUUCCCCGAACCCUCCCACCCAGCACACCCUGCUUCCAGUAGCCAGCAGUCAGCCAGUGCUCCUACAUCGCUAGGUACUUAAUCUGUGGGGAAAGCCAUACGUGUGUACCAGCUGCCCCUGCCCUGCCACAUGGUCCCAUCAGCCUAGGCUCAGCAGGCAGCUUCCUGGAGGGAGCAGGCCACAGGAGAUCAGGGGUUGGCUCAUGAGGUCAGGCCUCAGUGUUACCCUGUCAGAGGAAAGAGAAAGAAUCCACUUGGGAAAGACACAGAGAGGAGGAGGGAAGACAGAAGGUAAGGAGAGGAGCAGAGUGCAUGGAGGAGGGCAGCGGGGGUACCAGCCAUUAGCUGCCCAGCUUCUACACCACUAACCCAGGGCUCACAGGGACAGCAUCUCCGCAGGCACCACCGUUAUGCUUCCUCCCCCCAACCCCCGGGAGGGGGGGCUGUAGUGUAGCCAGACAGAGUGCGGGUGUUUGGGGCUGGCAAAUUCCCACUAGCCACCUUAGCUCGAUUUGGCAGGAGGCUAUAGUAAACCAUGCAUAAACAAUAGAGCCUACGUGUAAAUGCUUUAUCUAUAAAUUGCACUGAUAUAUCUAAAGAAAUCAGUGAACAAAAAUGAUACAUGGCAAUAGGACCUCGAUUAAUAACAAAAGUUUGAGGCACCCAACAAUGACAAUAAUCCCAGCACUGUCCUCAGUCCCACUCUGUGACACUGGUAGUCACCCAGCCACUGCUUGGGGGCAGCCAUUUAGGGUCUAGGUAUACCGAAUUUCCAAGCCAGAAUGCCCUCAGCAUUCAGUCAGAUACAGCCCUCUCUGGGGGCCCAAGUCUAGAAGAGCAAGUCCCUUGUGUAGGGAAGUGACAGGCACACGGCCUCUGCCCCUCACCCACAACAAACAUACCCUCUACUUUAAAAGAAGCAGGGUAAAGGGCAAGCAGGAGUGAGCCAUUCCCAAUGGCCAUCAUGCUCCUAGGCCAGGGAACUGCUGGGGACUGCUGCGGACAGCCAGGGGAGGCCAGCUCGGUAACCAGGCGCAUUCUCUGGGAGGGCAGGGCUCCUGGAAGCUCUCUUUUUCCCAGAGGUCCCCUACCGGGGAAUCCUGAGGCCACAGGUUCUCAGCACUGAGCAGGUUCUGACAAGGGAAUUGGAAUCUAUUUAAAUCCUGGCUUUCCUGCCUGCUCAAGAGAACUACCCGAAAAUAGUCUCAGGGCCUUGUCCAGAUGGGACUGACAGGCCAAAAUGCCAGAUUUUAGGCCUCCAGCUGAGGCUCCCCAGGGUGUGUAGGUGGGUGCACUCAGCCCCCUGCACCUCUGAAUAUCCGGGAGGAGUCGGCAAGGCAGCCUCCAGAUGUGCAUCUGCAAUGCAAAUUAAUGGGCUAAUCGCACAGCGAGGCGCUCAGCGGAUAAUCCAGGUCAGGCCUCUGCGCGGCCGUCCAGGGGGCCAUGGGGCCACCGGCAGGUCGCAGCGGGCCCGACCGAGAUCAGGACCCCGAGGCGAAGUACCGGCCGGAGCCGGGGCAGAGCACUUAGAGGAAAAGGCUAGAGAAGGGGGACCCCCCCCUCGGGCAGACAGAGGCUCCCGGCCGCGGCCCCGGCACCCCUUGCCGACUUUUCCCGGGCUUUGUGUUCGCCUUGUCCUACCUGAGGCCACACCCUGAAAUCAAACUCGCGGCCAGGUGAAGCCGGCGCUGCACAAACAAGUAAGUGCGGCCUGUCUUCGUCGUUCUAGGCGCCGAGGUCCCUCCCGCGGAGGGCGGGCCCGGCUCCCGCGGCCGCUUCGAGCUCUCCAGGGACUUCCCGCUCGGCAGGCCUCGGACUGCGGGCCAGGGAGGGUCCUCAGUCUUCCCUCUCCUCGGUGCCUGAGAGCUCUGCCCACUGAAGGGUGAGGAGUCAGGAGGAAGAGCAGGGGAGGAAGGCAGCCAGGAGGGAUUCUGUGGUUGAACCAUCCUGGGACAAACAGGAGUUGAAUGUGAUCUGAAAGAAAAAACAAAAAACUUUAACGUGCUGUUGGAUUCAACUUACUAGUUUUGUUUAGGAUUUUCCUUUUUAUUCACAGGCACCAUGUUCCGAAAGAAAAAGAAGAAACGCCCUGAGAUCUCAGCCCCACAGAACUUCCAGCACCGUGUCCACACCUCCUUUGAUCCCAAAGAAGGCAAGUUUGUGGGCCUCCCACCACAAUGGCAGAACAUCCUGGACACGCUUCGGCGACCCAAGCCCGUGGUGGACCCUUCUCGAAUUACUCGGGUGCAGCUCCAGCCCAUGAAGACAGUGGUGCGGGGCAGCUCGGUGCCCAUGGACGGCUACAUAUCAGGGCUGCUCAACGACAUCCAGAAGUUGUCGGUCAUCAGCUCCAACACCCUGCGUGGCCGCAGCCCCACCAGCCGGCGGCGGGCACAGUCCCUAGGGCUGCUGGGGGAUGAACACUGGGCCGCUGACCCGGACAUGUACCUGCAGAGCCCCCAGUCUGAGCGCACUGACCCCCAUGGCCUCUACCUCAGCUGCAACGGGGGCACACCAGCAGGCCGCAGGCAGAUGCCGUGGCCGGAGCCACAGAGCCCAAGAGUCCUACCCAACGGGCUGGCCACCAAGGCACAGUCGCUAGGCCCCACCGAGUUCCAGGGUGCCACACAGCGCUGCCUGCAGUUGGGUGCCUGCCUACAGAGCUCCCCACCCGGCGCCUCACCCCCCGCAGCCACUGGUAGGCGUGGGACCAAGGUUGCCAGGCAUGGUUCCGAGGAGGCCCGGCCACAGUCCUGCCUGGUGGGCUCGGCGACUGGCAGGCCAGGUGGGGAGGGCAGCCCCAGCCCUAAGACCCAGGAGAGCAGCCUUAAGCGCAGGCUGUUCCGAAGCAUGUUCCUGUCUACUCCUGCCACAGCCCCUGCGAGCAGCAGCAAGCCAGGCCCUCCCUCUCAGAGCAAGCCCACCUCCUCUUUUCGACCGCUGCAGAAAGAACCCACCCAAAGCCUGGUGGCCAAGGCCCAGUCCUUGCCCUCAGACCAGCCCAUGGGGACCUUCAGCCCUCUGACCACCUCGGAUACCAGCAGCCCCCAGAAGUCCCUCCGCAUAGCCCAAGCUGCCGGCCCACCCCCAGGCCGGUCUUCCCCCGCGGGCUCCCCACGCACCAGGCAAGCCCAGAUCAGCACCAGCAACUUGUACCUGCCCCAGGACCCCACGGUGGCCAAGGGUGCCCUGGCUGGCGAGGACACAGGUGUUGUGACACACGAGCAGUUCAAGGCUGCGCUCAGGAUGGUGGUGGACCAGGGUGACCCCCGGAUGCUGCUGGACAGCUACGUGAAGAUCGGCGAGGGCUCCACGGGCAUCGUCUGCCUGGCCCGGGAGAAGCAUUCAGGCCGCCAGGUGGCCGUCAAGAUGAUGGACCUCAGGAAGCAGCAGCGCAGGGAGCUGCUCUUUAAUGAGGUGGUGAUCAUGCGAGACUACCAGCACCUCAACGUGGUGGAGAUGUACAAGAGCUACCUGGUGGGCGAGGAGCUGUGGGUGCUUAUGGAGUUCCUGCAGGGCGGGGCCCUCACGGACAUCGUCUCCCAAGUCAGGCUGAACGAGGAGCAGAUCGCCACUGUGUGUGAGGCCGUGCUGCAGGCCCUGGCUUACCUGCAUGCCCAAGGUGUCAUCCACCGGGACAUCAAGAGUGACUCCAUCCUCCUGACCCUGGAUGGCAGGGUGAAACUCUCUGACUUCGGAUUCUGUGCUCAGAUCAGCAAAGACGUCCCUAAGAGGAAGUCCCUGGUAGGCACCCCUUACUGGAUGGCUCCUGAAGUGAUCUCCAGGUCUCUGUACGCGACUGAGGUGGAUAUCUGGUCUCUGGGCAUCAUGGUGAUUGAGAUGGUGGACGGGGAGCCACCCUACUUCAGCGACUCCCCAGUGCAAGCCAUGAAGAGGCUCCGGGACAGCCCCCCACCCAGGCUGAAAAACUCUCACAAGGUCUCCCCAGUGCUUCGAGACUUCCUGGAACGGAUGCUGGUGCGGGACCCCCAGGAGAGAGCCACGGCUCAGGAGCUCCUGGACCACCCUUUCCUGCUGCAGACAGGGCUGCCCGAGUGCCUGGUGCCCCUGAUCCAGCUCUACCGCAAGCAGACCUCCACCUGCUGAGCCCGGGGACACUGGGCAGCCAGCCUGCCGGCGGGGCCUGCCUGCCUCAUUCUCUCAGUAUUCUCUCCAAAGAUCGAAUGUGAAACCCCACCCACACCCUUCUGCCCCUCAGCCCACUGGGCCAGGCCGGACCUGCCCCUCGGUCUCUCUGCCUCCCAAGAGAGUCCCCAGUUGCCUUUGGGAUGGUGGAGACCCCCUUCUACAGAAUGACCCUCUGUUAUUUGCACAGGGAUAUUUCUAAGAAACGUGGAGACCCGCACUCCUGGCCACGUGGCCAACACAGCAGAAAAAGCUGCUGCGGUUUUUUAAAAGUAGUUGUACAUUAGCAUCCCAGGUCACCGAGAGGGCAGACUGCCUGUCUUCGCCAGGAUACUUGCUGUUCUCAGCUCCAGCUCUAAACCCUGGGGUCUCAAGAGAGCCACAGGGAAGGUUUCUAUUGCCUGAAGCCGUCUUCCUCCUUUAUGUCUGACUUCCUGAAGGUACGGUCCAACCUGCACCUGUUUCCUGACCCACCUGCACUGACACCACUCUCCCUGCACAGCCUGCUCCAAACUGUGAACAGCCUGCUCUCUGGCCAGGGGUGGAGGAAGGGCAUUUGUCUGGGUAAAAGAGAAAGAAUGCGGUUGGUGGUAAACAUAAUCUCACUUUACAGGAUGGAGAGAACAUUGUGUGUGUGUGUGUGUGUGUGUGUGUGUGUGUGUGUAAGUGGAGGACAGUCACCCUGACAGCCUGGCUCCCUUCAGGUCACUCACAGGUCACCUACUUCAGUAAGGCUUCCCAUCCCUUCUGCCACUAAAUUCUACCAGGAAGGGACUGCUUUCUUGGCCUGGUUUCCCACCUCCUAAGUCCCGUGUUUCUACCUGAACAGUGAAGAGAGCUGACACAUCCCAGGGGCUUCGCAGAUUUCCAGGUGUCUCCUAUACUGUGGAGUCUGAGAGCCAGAGAUGGGAAUGGUAAAGGAACAAACUUUGUUUUGCCUGUGAGCUUUCUCUCAAUAACCAGGUCAUCAAGGACCCAUUAUUUUCAAAAAUCUUGGUCUGAGGGAGAUGAACCACCCCCUGGGGCUCCAUCCUGUCAAGAAAAUGGACACCCCCUUUGUGCAAACCAUCUGCCCUAGCUGCCUCUUCAGACACCUGUCUCUUUGUCCCCCUUCCCUCCCCACCUUCAGGGAUGUUGUGAGUCAGGGAAUCCAGGGAAGAACUCCAGGUGUCAGGACCCUAUCUAGAUAAUAUUUUUAGAUUCCUCUGCUCCCUAGUGGCCUGCUUUGGGCCCCCCCCCCCAAAAAAAAAACUUGCAAGGACUUUUUUAAGGGUCAGAGUUUUAAAAACAAAAGCAUCUUCCCUAGAAACUUUUGUGAAUUGUUUGCACUUGUGCCUGUUUUAAAUUAAACUGAGUGUUCAAAA